AUGAAUUCUCAAGUUCCACAUAUCAACCCCGUGAUAACAAGUACGGAUGGAUCGGACAUUCAGAAUAUGACGUCCAGUAUCUGUUCCAAUACAAAUUUAGAGGAGUAUUGGAACAUUGGCUUCCAUCAAAAUCAAAUUCCAAUUCAAACUAAUCAGGCUCCGCAGUGUACCGAACAAAUCGAAAACGUUUUAUUAAAUUUGGAUAAUCAGCCGCCACUAGCACCAGAGGCUCCGCCGUGUAUGCAACAAGCGGGAGCAUCGUUAUUCAAUAAUCAACAGGCACUAGUUCCAGAGGAUCCGCAGAGUAUGGAACAAGUUAUUGACAUGUUAUUAAAUACUAAUAACCAACAACCACCAGCUGCACAGGUUCACCAAUGGGAAAAUAGACCCUUUGUUGGAAAUUGGCCCACGCAGCCAGUUAAUAAUAAUACACAACCCAGAGAAUUCAAUGUCACAACACCGAAAAUAAGAAAACCAAAACGAUUUCGAACAGCGUACACCACGGAACAGUUACAAUUUUUAGAGAGAACUUUCGCUUGCAACAAAUACAUAACCGCACAGUUACGCCGAGAAAUCUCAAAUUCAAUCAAGAUCAAUGAGAGAUCCAUAAAGAUCUGGUUUCAGAAUAGACGCAUGAAAGAAAAAAAGGAGUGCCUCGAGUCUUAUUCAGAUUCUUCAUGUGAAAGUCCUUCUUUUCCUAGUAGCGAUUCUUCCAGUGAAGUACCUAGUUAUGAAAUUAAACUCCUAUUACCUAGUGCCGUUUCUUCCAGUGGGGUAUCAAGUACUGCAAAUGAACUCGCUUUACCUAGUAACAAUUCUUUCAGUGCAUUACCUUGCGGCGAUAAUUUUAAGAAUGCACAAUACGGAGUUCCUUUCAACUCGGAGUUGACACAAUUCAACAAUGAACAUGGAACAAUAGUGCCUGUGGAACAAACAGCGACGAUUCCUCAACAGGCUGCUGUUAAUCCUACUGGGAACUAUCCUAAUUAUUAUAAUUAUAAUAAGAAUGAUGUAAGUCAUAAUACAUAUAACAGCAAUACGGUCAGUCCGGAUUUCUGGUCGCCUUAUAGUUUCGAUGCAAGCUACUUUUAA